AUGGCUGAACAACUGAUCCUCAAAGGUACCCUCGAGGGCCACAAUGGCUGGGUUACCAGCUUGGCCACCUCAAUGGAGAACCCCAACAUGCUCCUGUCUGGUAGCCGAGACAAGACCCUGAUCAUCUGGAACCUCACACGCGACGAGACUCAAUACGGAUACCCCAAGCGAUCCCUCCACGGCCACUCCCACAUUGUGUCCGAUUGUGUCAUCUCCUCUGACGGUGCCUACGCCCUGUCUGCCUCUUGGGACAAGACCCUCCGUCUGUGGGAGCUCGCCACUGGCACCACCACCCGAAGAUUCGUCGGCCACACCAACGAUGUUCUCUCCGUCUCCUUCUCCGCCGACAACCGACAGAUUGUCUCCGGCUCUCGUGACCGCACCAUCAAGCUGUGGAACACCCUCGGUGACUGCAAGUACACCAUCACCGACAAGGGCCACACUGAGUGGGUUUCCUGCGUCCGAUUCAGCCCCAACCCCCAGAACCCCGUGAUUGUCUCCAGCGGCUGGGACAAGCUGGUCAAGGUUUGGGAGCUGUCCAGCUGCAAGCUGCAGACCGAUCACAUCGGCCACACCGGCUACAUCAACACCGUCACCAUUUCCCCCGAUGGCUCUCUCUGCGCCUCCGGUGGCAAGGACGGUACCACCAUGCUCUGGGACCUCAACGAGUCCAAGCACCUGUACUCCCUCAACGCCAACGACGAGAUCCACGCCCUCGUCUUCUCCCCCAACCGAUACUGGCUCUGCGCUGCCACCGCCAGCAGCAUCAUCAUCUUCGACCUCGAGAAGAAGAGCAAGGUUGACGAGCUCAAGCCCGAGUUCACCUCCGUUGGCAAGAAGAGCCGGGAGCCCGAGUGUGUCAGCUUGGCCUGGUCUGCUGACGGCCAGACUCUGUUCGCUGGUUACACUGACAACAUCAUUCGUGCCUGGGGUGUCAUGUCGCGGGCAUAA